AUGACGAGCGAGGAGUGUCCUGUGCCGCUGGGGGCAGGGCCAGGGCAGGCGGAGGACUACAGCUCGGCGCACAGUGAUGACAUCAUGGAGGAGGCGGGCCCGGCGGGCGACGACAUCAGCCUGGGCAGUGACCUGAGCACUCUGGUGGUGCCGUACCCUGAGCUGGCCCCGGUGGUCUUCUUCUGCCUCAAACAGACCACCUGCCCCCGCAACUGGUGCAUCCGAAUGGUGUCCAGUCCGUGGUUCGAGAGGAUCAGCAUCAUGGUGAUCCUGCUCAACUGUGUGACCCUGGGCAUGUACCAGCCCUGCGAAAACAUCGACUGCACCUCCGACCGCUGCCAGAUACUGCAGGCCUUCGAUGCGUUCAUCUACAUCUUCUUCGCGUUGGAGAUGGUGGUGAAGAUGGUCGCUCUGGGGAUCUUCGGGCAGCGCUGUUACCUCGGAGACACGUGGAACCGACUGGACUUCUUCAUCGUCAUGGCGGGGAUGGUGGAGUACUCCCUGGACCUACAGAACAUCAACCUGUCCGCCAUCAGGACGGUGAGGGUACUGCGGCCACUCAAAGCCAUCAACAGAGUGCCAAGUAUGCGCAUCCUGGUGAACCUCCUCCUGGACACGCUGCCCAUGCUGGGGAACGUGCUCCUCUUGUGCUUCUUCGUCUUCUUCAUCUUCGGCAUCAUCGGCGUGCAGCUGUGGGCGGGGCUACUGAGGAACCGCUGCUACCCCGAGGAGAACUUCACCCUCUCGGCAGGCCUGACCCUCCCCGCCCCGUACUACCGCCCGGAGGAGGACGACGAGAGGCCCUUCAUCUGCUCGCUGGCGUCGGAGAACGGGAUCAUGUCGUGUACGGACGUGCCCGCUCGGAGGGAGGGGGGCCGGACCUGCUGCCUGGACAAAGAGGACGCCCUCCACAGGCAGGCGCUGGGGCUGAGUCCGGAACCCGUGGCCAACGCGAGCGCCGGAGAAGCUCUGGGCCUGUGCAUCAACUGGAACCAGUACUACACGCGAUGCCAUACGGGGAACACCAACCCACACAAGGGCGCCAUCAACUUUGACAACAUCGUGUACGCUUGGAUAGUCAUUUUUCAGGUGAUCACUCUGGAGGGCUGGGUGGAGAUCAUGUACUACGUGAUGGACGCUCACUCCUUCUACAACUUCAUCUACUUCAUACUACUCAUCAUUAUCGGCUCCUUCUUCAUGAUCAACCUGUGCCUGGUAGUCAUCGCCACGCAGUUCUCGGAGACGAAGCAGCGCGAGCACCAGCUGAUGCAGGAGCAGAGGGCCCAGUGCCUGUCCUCGUCCACCCUGGCCAGCAUGACCGAGCCGGGGGACUGCUACGAGGAGAUCUUCCAGCUGGUCUGCCACAUCCUGCGCAAGGCCAAGAGGAGGUCAGCCGCGCUCUACUACAGCCUGCGGGGGCAGACUCCGCCGGCCACAGCGGGCAGGGCCAACCGGCGACCAGCAGGGGGAGCAGCAGGAGGAGGGGGGAAUACUGGGAGAGAGAGACAUCAAGCCAGGCAACAGAAAGUUUGCCGAUGCCCACGCCCGACCAAACAGACCCACGACUCCCAGCCCCUGGCAAACUCCGUCAGCGUGGCUUUACCCGACGACGCCGAGGAGUGCCCCGUCUGCUCCCUGUCCCUGAAAGAGAGGACCAAGACCGCAGACGAAGAGGACGGAGAGGACGAGGAGACGGCUGUCAAGGAGACGGACCGCGACGACCACCCGGAGGACCAGGUCCCGAGGAAAAAGAGGAGGCGCACCUGUUUGGGACACUGUAAAAACCUCUGGACGGAUAUAAGGAGGAAACUGUGGGGGAUAGUGGAGAGCAAGUACUUCAGUCGGGGGAUUAUGAUCGCUAUUCUGAUCAACACGAUCAGCAUGGGAAUCGAGCAUCACAACCAGCCUGAAGAACUGACCAACGUCCUGGAGAUCUGUAACAUCGUCUUCACCAGCAUGUUCACGCUGGAGAUGAUCCUCAAGCUCACCGCGUUCGGCUUCUUCGAGUAUCUGAGGAACCCCUACAACAUCUUUGACGGCAUCAUCGUCAUCAUCAGCGUGUGUGAGAUCAUCGGGCAGGCUGACGGCGGCCUCUCCGUGCUCCGGACCUUCAGGCUCCUCAGGGUCAUAAAGCUGGUGAGGUUCAUGCCCGCGCUGAGGAGACAGCUCGUGGUCCUCAUGAAGACCAUGGACAACGUGGCCACCUUCUGUAUGCUCCUCAUGCUCUUCAUCUUCAUCUUCAGUAUUCUGGGGAUGCACAUCUUCGGCUGUAAGUUCAGUCUGAAGACGGAGGCUGGAGACACCGUUCCUGACCGCAAGAACUUCGACUCGCUGCUCUGGGCCAUCGUCACUGUCUUUCAGAUUCUGACUCAGGAGGACUGGAACAUGGUCCUGUACAACGGCAUGGCCUCCACGUCUCCCUGCGCCGCUCUGUACUUCGUCGCCCUCAUGACCUUUGGGAACUACGUGCUCUUCAAUCUUCUGGUCGCCAUCUUGGUCGAGGGAUUUCAAGCUGAGGGCGACGCCAACCGCUCGUACUCGGAUGAUGACAGGUCCUCUUGUAAUUUCGAGGAGAAUGAUAAGCUCAAGGACUCUCUGCAUCUGUCAGACCCAAAGAUCUGCACUCUGACCCCGAACGGUCACCUGGACGUGUCAGCCCUGCCCCCCGGCCUGUUCCCCGGAGACAAGUGGACCUACGCCCUGAACUCCCGCAAAAACAGCGUCAUCUCUCUCUGCAAUCUGGACCAGAGAGCUGUGUAUCCAGGCCGAGGUUACCACAACUGGGGUCGCCCGCUCCCCCCUCACCAUCAGCACCUCUGGGCCCGCCGCGCCAGCUGGAACAGCAUGGGCGGAGUCAGACCGUGCUCCGCCUCCUCGCCCUCCUCUAGCCCCGCCUACACGCCGAACCCCACCCCCACCUCCACCCCGAAGCUCAUCUACAGCUACGGCUACGGCCCCGGCAACGUCAUGGGCGGGAGUUUGCGGAUCCGCGGGCCCCGAGCGUCCUCCUCCCCGCACCGACACGUCCCGCGCGGUCGACAGGACGAGGAAGAGGAGGAGUCGCUGCUGUCGCCGCCCUCCCUCCACCACCUGUCCCCGCCCCUGCUGUCGGGGCAGCUGGGGCCCAGGAGAGAUCGCAGAGCACUGUCCCUAGAACUUCCAAACCUGCUGCAAGUGCCAGACCAAGUGCUAACCACUCUGCCAAACCCAUAUGCACAGAGACAGAUCAGCUUCUCUGGGGAGAGACUGCACCAGGACUGCAAUGGAAAAACCCCUCUGUCCCAGCUCCCACACAGCUCCACACGUCACCAUAGCGACCACACGGGGAGGGGGGGCGGGGACCGCGGAGCCACGAGCCACGCCCACAACCAGCUCCGCACCGAGGUCUACCCCCAGGUCAACGCCCGCACCAAGGACCGAGAGGACAUGGACGACGAUAUCGAAUACAGCCUGUGUUUCAGGAUCCAGAAGAUGCUGGAGGCUUACAAACCAGACUGGUGUGAAACCCGAGAGGACUGGUCUGUCUUCCUCUUCUCUCCUCAGAACAAAUUCCGCCUGAUGUGCCAGUCCAUCAUCGCGCAUAAGCUCUUUGACUAUGUGGUUUUGGCUUUCAUUUUCUCCAACUGCAUUACCGUGGCUCUGGAGAGGCCCAAGAUCCUGCAGGGGAGCCUGGAGAGAGUGUUCCUCACCGUCUCCAACUACAUCUUUACGGCCAUCUUUGUGGGAGAGAUGACUCUAAAGGUGGUGUCCAUGGGCUUGUACAUGGGGGAGCAGGCCUACCUCAGGAGCAGCUGGAACGUCUUGGACGGUUUCCUGGUGUUCGUGUCCCUCAUCGACAUCGUGGUGUCCAUGGCGGGAGGGGCCAAGAUCCUCGGGGUCCUUAGGGUGCUCAGGCUGCUGCGGACACUGCGCCCACUCAGGGUGAUCAGCAGAGCUCCUGGUCUGAAGCUGGUGGUGGAAACCCUCAUCACGUCUCUCAAACCCAUCGGAAACAUCGUCCUCAUCUGCUGCGCGUUCUUCAUUAUCUUUGGCAUUCUGGGAGUACAGCUGUUCAAAGGCAAGUUCUUCUACUGCUACGGCCCGGACACCAAAAACAUCACCAACAAGUCCGACUGCCUGGAGGCCAACUACAAGUGGGUCCACCACAAGUACAACUUUGACAACUUGGGACAGGCCCUGAUGUCUCUGUUUGUCCUGGCGUCCAAAGACGGCUGGGUGAACAUCAUGUACCACGGGCUGGACGCUGUGGGCGUGGACCAACAGCCCGUCACCAACAAUAACCCGUGGAUGCUGCUGUACUUCAUCUCCUUCCUCCUCAUCGUCAGCUUCUUCGUGCUCAACAUGUUCGUGGGCGUGGUGGUGGAGAACUUCCACAAGUGCAGACAGCAUCAGGAGGUGGAGGAGGCCAAGAGACGAGAGGAGAAGAGGCAGAAGCGCAUGGAGAAGAAGAGAAGGAAAGCCCAGCGGUUGCCGUACUACUCGAGCUACGGCCGCGUGCGCCUCAUGAUCCACACGCUGUGCACCAACCACUACCUGGACCUCAUCAUCACCUUCAUCAUCUGCAUCAACGUCAUCACCAUGUCCCUGGAGCACUACAACCAGCCCCACUCUCUGGAUCUGGCCCUGAAGUACUGUAACUACUUCUUCACUUCCAUGUUUGUGCUGGAGGCGGUGCUCAAGCUCAUCGCGUUCGGCUUCCGGCGCUUCUUCAAGGACAGGUGGAACCAGCUUGACCUGGCCAUCGUGCUGCUGUCAGUCAUGGGCAUCACGCUGGAGGAGAUUGAAAUCAGCGCCGCUUUGCCCAUCAACCCCACCAUCAUCCGCAUCAUGAGAGUGCUGAGGAUCGCCAGAGUGCUGAAGCUGCUCAAGAUGGCCACCGGAAUGAGAGCCCUCCUGGAUACCGUUGUCCAAGCCCUGCCUCAGGUGGGUAACCUGGGCCUGCUCUUCAUGCUACUGUUUUUCAUCUACGCCGCCUUAGGAGUGGAGCUGUUUGGAGAACUUGUUUGUAAUGAAGACUACCCGUGUGAGGGGAUGAGUCGUCACGCUACUUUUGAGAACUUUGGCAUGGCCUUUUUGACCCUGUUCCAAGUGUCCACGGGCGAUAACUGGAACGGCAUAAUGAAGGACACGUUGCGCGAGUGCCCGCCCGACCACGGCACGGAGCUGGAGUACGCGUGCAACCCGAGCCUGCAGUUCAUCUCGCCCAUGUACUUUGUCUCCUUCGUGCUCACCGCCCAGUUCGUGCUCAUCAAUGUGGUGGUGGCCGUGCUGAUGAAGCACCUGGACGACUCCAACAAGGAGGCCCAGGAGGAGGCGGAGAUGGAUGCAGAGAUUGAGCUGGAGUUGGCCCAGGGCACCCUCUGUUGCAUGGGCGCCCCCGGAUGCGGAGGCGGGGGUGGCGGAGGAGGAGGAGGAGGUAGCGGCGCAGGAGGGCCGGUGGUGGUCUCCGAGAGGGCGAAGGAGAAGACGUCCAGGCCGGCGGUGAGGGAGGACAGGGCGGACAGGGGGUUGAAGAGGAUGAGGCACAGCACCAGAAGCUCCGGGCAGGCCUUGUACUCCCCGUCGCAGGAGAGCCAGUGGUUGGACAGCGUGUCUCUCCUCAUGAAGGACUCUCUGGAGGGGGAGAUGCAGAUGAUCGAUAACCUGUCUGGCUCUGUGUUCCACCACUACUCCUCUCCUCCGCUCUGCAAAGGCUGCAAGGGCCACCCGCAAGAGAUCAAGAUGGCGGAGAUCGAGCAGGCCUCGCUCAAGUCGGAGCAGCUGUCGGACAAGUCUUCUUCCCCCCCUCUGGCCGAUGAGCUGAGCCUGGACGGGACCACGGCGGACCCCCUCAUCUCCUCACAUGUGCAGGGCUGCUUGAGUGUGAGUGGCUCCCCCAGCUCGGAGGAGGCCGGAGGGGGGAGGGUCCAGCAGGCUCAGGCCCUGGUCCAGACUCAGGCCCAGGGUUCAGGACUGUGCUCUGAGACAGACACAGAGCUCCAGGAGGCAGAGGCUCAGACUAAUGAAGGAGUGACAAACUCGCCCCACAGCAGCCCUGGACGAGUCUCCAGUUCCAGUAACAAAGACAGGAGCAGUGAGGGAGGGGCCAGUGGGUUCUGGCCUCUCCUUCACCUCCCCACAGAGUUCUUCCACCCCACGGCUCCUCCUGGGCCCCCGCGCAGCUGCAGCCUCAGGCUGACCAGGGGCCUCCGGCUCACGUCCCCGCGCUCCUGGGCCUCUCUGCGCUCUCCAGGGGCCCGUACCAAGAAGCUCAGCACACAGUUCCCGUCCCACAGCGACUCGUCUCUGGCCACGGGCAGCUCAGAGGGAAGCCUGCAGACCACUCUGGAGGAGGGGCUGAGCUUCAGUGUGUCUCCUCCACAGGUCCCUGAGUGUCCCCUGCCCUCAGCGGCUCUGCCUCUGGUCUGCCCUGUCCCUGUGCUCAGAGACAGCUGUGUCCUGUCCUCUCCUGUGCAGAGUCUAAGACCCCGGCCCACCCCCUCCUCUGCCCUCACCCUCCAGGCCAUCAGGGGGCACCAGCGCAGCCAGAGCAGCGGCCGGGGCAGCACCAGCCCUGGGUACACGCGGGAGGACUCCAUGGAUCCUUCAGACGAGGACUUGGGCAUCGUACUGGGGCCGUCCAGUCAGGCAGGCAACAGUGAGCACCUGUCAGAGGCCCUCAGCAGCCUGUCCCUCACCUCCCUCCUGGCUCCCAGCUCUCUGCUGUACCCUGCAGGAGGGGUGAAGAAGUGCAACAGCACGGGCAGCCUAGACCCUGGGGCCCUGCUGUCCCACAGCAGAGAAGAGCACAGGGACAUUUUGGGCCCCUGGACAGACACUCCCAGAGCAGACAGGGGCAAGAGCUCCAGUCAGAGCACUGUGGGGCCCUGUCGCAAAGACAGAUGA